AAUUCGCAAUCCAACGAGGUGGGAUUAUUGCUUUCUACAAUCUUCCUCACACCUCCUCUCCUCUCCCAUGGCGGCCUCUCUUCCCCUUCGUUGCCCCGCUCGGCCUUUCCUCUUCACUCUCCUGCUGAUUGUUAUCUUAAAGUUCCCGGAGUACUCAGUUUCUGGUCAUGUGGCGCCGCCUGCUCCUUCAAUGUCAUCAUCUGAUGAAUCCUCCAAUCCGUUCUCUGCCAGGGCCUCCCUCAUCCGUUAUUGGAACCGCCGGAUUCCGAACAACCGCCCCCUCCCCAACUUCCUUCUUUCGAAGCUCUCCCCCCUUUCUGCCCUCGACUCCGCCACUUUCUCCAACCUCUUGGCCACCUCCAACUUCGCUGCCCUAUCCUCCCGCCUCCCCCAACUCUGCUCCACCGCCCACCUCCUCUGCUCCCCUUCCCUCACAGUCUUGAACGGAACCGGUGCUCCCUCCGAUUUCUCCAACUACGAAUCGUCUAACUACACCAACUACGGCACUGACGCUACCGCCGGCUUCGAUUCCUUCAAGAACUACUCUCUGUCUCUCAAUACGCCCUUCAGCACCUUCCGCCGCUACAGCAGAGACUCCGUCGACCACAAUGACUCCUUCAAGGCUUACUCCACCGGCGGAAACAUUGUCACUGCCGACUUCACCAGCUACGCCACUGCCGCCACUGGUGGCAGCGGGGAGUUCGCCUCCUACGGCGUCGAUUCGAACGGGCCUUAUCUCAAGUUUACCAACUACGAAGCCAGCGCCAACGGCCGAGUCCAGUCGUUUGGGACGUAUUCCGAGGGUUCGAACGCCGGUGACGAGUCCUUCGCCGGAUAUGGAAAAGGCGGCAAUGGCGUCGUCUCUGAAUUCAAUGGAUAUGCGACGGAAACCAACGUCCUGGGCUCCACAUUCACCGGUUACGGCAUGGAGGCCAACACCGCCAACGAUAGCUUCGUUAACUAUGGGGUCGAUGGCAACGUCCCGGUGAACACUUUCCGCUCCUACGGCGACAACGGCAACUCUGCUUCGGAGAGUUUCGCGAGCUACCGCAACGACGCCAACGUCGGCUCAGACACCUUCACAUCCUACGCCAAGAAAGGCAACACAGCCACCGCGGGCUUCGAUUUAUACGGCCACUCCAACUCCGGCAGCGAUACCUUCAAGGGGUACGGGGAGGGGUCCGACACCAACGAGAUCAAUUUCAGAAGCUACGAGGGCGACAACCCCACGUUCAACGUCUACUCCAAGACCGGCAUCGACUUCAAAGACUAUCGCAACCACUCGGCUGGCCAAUUUCCGGCAGCAGUGGUGCGGCAUUGGCAGGUCGAACCCGGUAAGUUCUUCCGGGAGCGCGACCUGCGGAGCGGCAAUGUGAUGCCGAUGCCGGACAUCCGAGACCGGCUGCCGGCGAGGUCGUUCCUGCCUCGUUCGAUCGCGGAGCGGAUCCCGUUUUCCGCCGCCGAUGUUAGGCGUGUCUUCGGCAUCGCGGAGGAUACCGCGCUGGGGAAGGCCGUGACCGACACGUUAGCGGACUGCGAGAGGAGGCCGAGCCGCGGGGAGACGAAGCAGUGCGCGAAGUCGGCUGAGGACAUGAUCGACUUCGUGGUGGAGGUGCUGGGUAGCAACGCGGUGGCGCGGAGCACCGAGAGCACGGCGGGGUCGAACGGGAGCAUCCUCAUCGGGAGAGUGAAGGGGGUGAACGGCGGUAAUGUGACCAAGUCGGUGUCGUGCCACCAGAGCCUGUUCCCGUAUCUGGUCUAUUACUGCCAUUCGGUGCCGCGUGUGCGAGUCUACGUGGCGGAGAUCCUAGGCGUCGAAUCCAAGCACACGAUCAACCGUGGGGUCGCCAUCUGUCACCUUGACACGUCGGAUUGGAGUGCGACCCACGGGGCCUUCCUGGCGCUGGGGUCCUCCCCCGGAAAGAUCGAGGUAUGCCAUUGGAUCUUCGAAGGAGACAUGACGUGGACGGUUGCUGAUUGAGGGAUAUUGAGCAAUGCUUGUCUUCGACAAAUUAUCCAUUUGAAAUAAAAGUUGUCAUCCUUCCACCUCUA